AUGUUCAAUUUGAAAGUACUCCUCAAUAUUGCUUUACUGGUAGUACUGGUAAUAGCCCGUUCCCAACCCCAUGUUCAUCUGAAACCUACCGACAGUGACAACGACGAUUUCUGGGCCAAGAAGCCAAUGCACACAACAGACCUCAUGGCAGGCAAGUCACACUCGACGCUCGACACUACAGUCACCCGAACGCACGUACCCACGGGAAUACCAAGUCCUCAAAUCCCGCAAGUAGAAGUGGACGAGCUGUGA